GCCCAGUUUUUCUCAGGUCAGAAGUAGCGAGUGGCGAGUGGGUUGGUUGAGUUAGUUGAAGCUAGUUGAAGCUAGUUGUCACUCGGUUGGACUAGAGGUUGGACCAGGACGGCAUGAUCUGCCGCCUUCCGAAAUUUGAAUGACCGUGCCUUGCGACUUUUUCACCCCCGGCCAAGUUUGAUCGAUAUUGGAGCCAUCCGGGAUCAAUUUUCCCCCUCAUCUGAUCCCUUAAUCCACCUGGAACCUUCGAGCCCGAUUUUUUUCCUCCCCGCCUCUCCCUCGCACAACCACCUCAUUUUAGCUCCUCCCUUCUCCCCAUGUCACGCCUCUCUGUCGUCUCCCAGCCAUGACUACGGUUCCACCAUCCACCUCGUCCGUAUUGGGCCCCACCUCCUCCGCCCUCUGUCCCGAUGUUCAGGCCCCGAAUCCGGACAUGAAGGCCCGUGUCGAAAGCCUGACUCGCAUCUGGCUCGGCUUGGAGGAUGCGGUCUUAACUCAUACUAAAGAUGGCUCGGAUUGGCUGACCUUUCAACCUUGUCCCGUCACUGUUGGACACGUUCAAGAUCCGAGUCGAUUCUUUGUCCAGACCGAGCCCUUGGCCAACUACUGUCGUCUCAUUUCCGAGUGUCUACGGGCUUUUCCGCUCGAGCCUUUAGGUCAAGCCCCUCGCUUCGGUCAGAGUGUUGUCUUGAGAACGGCGGACGGCUUUUUUCGAGCCAAGAAGCUCCAUCGACCUCAAAGGUUCUAUCUGAUCGACACGGGUCAAGAGGUCCAGGGGGAGAUGGUGAUGCGUAUGCCCGAUUUACCCAACUUGGCACAAAUGCCGGCCACCAUUCGAUGCCACGUGCAUGAUGUCCAGUCUGUGGGACCCGUGGACGAUCUCUGGGCCGAAGAAGCCCGUGAGCGAUUCCAGCACUGGGUGAAGGAGGCCGAGCGGAGGCGAGAGCGCCUGCUCUUGCAAUCUCGUGGUGUUCGGAAACUGAUGCCCGAUGGAGGCUGGUCCCUUCCGGUGGAGUUGUACUUUGAGCUCGUGACGUCCGAUGAUCCGAUGUCCAAUCUGAGAGUGGUCACCAUUAGUCUAAGUCAACGCUUACUCCGGGAGAAGUGGGCCGCUUUAGCUAUGACUGAAGGACACCUGGAGGUGGAGGCGGCUGAGGAAGAAGAAGAGGAGAGCCUAAAUUCGGCACCCGAGACGGGUGAUCUGGAUGAGAAUGUGAUGGAUGAGAUUGAUUUCUACACUGUGAAGAAAUGGCUACCCCCGAGGAUCCCGAGCAAAACGAAUCUGUUGGUGCGGCCCACUCACUUGGAUGAUUUGGGCCAAUUAAACGCUCAGUUGUACGAGAGUCGUCACAUCAUUCGGGAAAUGAGAACUCAGUUCAAGAUGCUUUACGAAUUCGACAGCUUGGAUCCGUUUUCGAAAGCAAAGUGGGAGAUCGGAGAAGCUUGUGCGGUUCGAUAUUCCAAAGACGAUGAUUUCUAUAGAGGCCUGAUCACGGGUCGAUUGACGGACUCAAAGGAGAUGUAUUCUGUGUUAUUCGUGGAUUUUGGCAAUGUCGAAGUGGUUUCCACUGAGGAACUCCGAAUCCCCAUCACUUUCGGCGAUGUGCCCAUUCAAAACAUUCGCUUUGUAUUCGCAGAUAUUCAGAUCAGUUUGGCUCCCACGGAUUUGGACGCCAUUCAUGCCAAAUUGUGUUAUGAAAACACCUAUCGGGUUCGGGCAGAGAUCUGGCCUGACCAAUGCCAUCUCCCGCUUCAGGCUCACUUCUUUACUUGGAACGGAGCACAAUGGGAAGAUGUCCAAGCGUGGUGCAAAUCAAAGCACUUGGCUAUUGAUCAACGAUGUGAUUGGGAGAAGAAUCAGGCAGAAUGGAGCCAAAACGCUUUCGGCAUUGAGGCUGUUAUGGGUCGCCCAGAGAGUGCAAAUGAAGUGGAUUCCGAACUAGAUUCCGACCAAGAUGCCCCCAACAACCACCAGUCCCCUUUUUCGUUUCAAGCCAUUGAUUUUAACCAAGGCUUGGUGCGCUGUGUCAUAGUUAGCAUUUUCUCUGGGCUUGAAAUCUCCGUUGUACAAGAAAAAGAUCUCAAAGAUUAUGAUAAAAUGGUAGUUGAGCUACAAGCUGCCGCCGAUCAGUCCCCUCCGGCCAAUCCCAUUCCGGGCCUCCCUGUUGCGGCCAUGUCUGAUGACACGAAACAAUUUCGACGUGCCUACAUCGUGAAUGAGAAGGCAGUUUGGUUUGUGGAUUGGCAGGAGAUGAUGCCUUUGAAACGUUGCGUUCUGAAGCAGCUCCCGGAUUGUUUUUUAGAUCUACCUGAGUUCGGACACAGACUAGUUCUGAGUUACGAGCACAAUCCCGAGAUCAUUCAAGAAGACAUUCUGAUCAAGGCCUUAGUCAAGAAGAUGAAAAAUCCUUCAAGCCAAGAGAGUCUUUACUUCAAGUCAGAUAACGGGUCCAAUGUUGGCAGGCUCAAACUUAAAGGCAUGAUCGGAGGCGACGAAGUGGUGCAAGAUUUUUUCGAAAGCGAAAUCAAGCGAAAUGCAAUAUUUUAAAACCUGGCUGUGAUUUAGAAGUAACCUUGCUUGUUUGAACUUAAUGUCUUGCCUCUUUUAGUAUUACAAGUAUUUGUUAGUUCCACUUUUGCCCAAAGAAAGUUUCUAAAAAAAUAAACCUACUAAAGCUCAA